AUGGAGGACUCCAACUCGCCUUCAUUUAUCUGCACGGCCUGUAUCGAACGAGUCCACAGGGCACGACAGCUUCCAUGUGGGUGUUACUACUGUGCAGAUUGUUUAUACGCCUUCUUCGCGGUCAAUGUAGACCUUGGAUUACGUUGGCCACCUCAAUGUUGCGAGAUCGAUAGCACGGAGGAUGACGCGGCCUGGCUAGACGAGGGCAUGUUGUUCGCAUUUCAAGAACUGUACAGGGAAGCGGAAAGGGGUGUGGAGCACCGUCUCUACUGCUCCAGGCCGCAAUGCAGCGCUCCAUUAAGCGAUGAAAAGGUGGAAGAAGAAAGCGGCGUCGUGACUUGCGAAAAGUGCGGUACCGCAACCUGCAAGAAAUGCAAGCAACCUGCACACGGCACUUCCAAUGCGGAGUGUAAAGAGCCAAGUUUAGAUCCUGAGCUGAAGGAAUUAGCUGCGGAAAACCGGUGGCAGCAAUGCCCGAAUUGCCGCCGAAUGGUCUCUCGAAGUGACGGAUGUCCUCGUAUAAGGUGUGUGUGCGGUAUGCGGUUCUGUUACGUUUGUGGUCAGGCAUGGAAAACCUGCAACUGUACGGAGUGGGAAGAAGAUCUUCGUGAUUUGGCCGAUGAUGAAUUUAUAGAAAGACUUGGUCUAAAUGUCGAAGGAGAUGGAGGGCGUGACGCGCAAGAGAUACUUUCGGCCAUGCAGGAGAAUCUUCCACCUGCGCGACCACCUCGACAACGAAGGGACGCAAUCCUACCUCCCGAUUGGAAUCCUCGCCAGGAACGGGAAGACACCCCAGCGCAAGUGGAUCAGCUCCCGCUCCGACCUUUGAACUACCGUUAUGGCCAUAACUACGAGAACCCAUUACGAGAAGAACGUCAUUCUUCUACGGAGACGGCCACCUCCCCUCUGAUUUCAAACCCAUUGAGUGCCUAUGGAAUAGAAAUCUUGACUGAUUCUGGAGACGACAAUACCGAAGGACCUAGACUCUGGACUCCUUCAGGACAGCAUCCAACUGAGGGACCCUCACUCCUACACUCGCCAAUGGGAGAUAUGAGGGCCACCGCCACGACCGAGAAUCCGUCGCUCCCUCGGGGUACGCGCACUUCUUGGCUUUCCGCCCCACCGAUUUCAGAGGAAGAUCGUGCUCGCCUGUCUGGGGAUCGUGACAGGAUGCGGGCACAAGCAGAGGAACGACAUCACCGAUUGCAAGAAAGGUCUUCAAGAAUAGCAACGCUAACCAUGAGAGACUCCGCGGCGACUUCGGAAACACAGGGAUCGCAGCGUUCUCCGGAAUCUUUCCCCGGGCAUCCCUUACCCGAAGAUCCCCUACCCGAGGAUCCCCCUUCCAAUAGCUCCUCUCAGCAUACACCUAAACAGCCUAGACCUCCAAGGUAA